ACGCCCGUGCCCAGGGGCGGCGGCGCCCCGGAACCCCCUGAGCCCGCCCGGCCGCGGGGAGGGGGGAGCGCCCCGGCCGGGCCGGGGGUGGCUGGCGGGGCAAGAGGGACAGCCCUGCGGGGUGACUCCUGGGAGCGGCUACCGUGAAUAGUAUUUGGAUCCUACAGAUAGGAGAACUCUUAAGCUGUGAAUUUUAAGCACACUGUGUUAUCUGUGUUGUGGCCUGACUUAAGUUUCUAAGGAACUGCAAUAAUGCUGCUGCAUUUCUGGGGUUUGGAAGAGAAACCUUGGACUGAUCAGACUCUUUUCUUCAGCCAUGUUGCUUGGUAGAAGAGAUGCAUGUAAUCUGCAGAUUUAUAAAAUAGGUGCUUUUCCUGCCACUGGUUGUUCUCUUGAGACCUAAGUGCUCCAAGUAAGAUCAAUAGAGGAACAUGUUCAUUUCUCCCUGCUGGCGACAACACUAUGCUUCCAAAGGAGAAAUCUGAAUGUUCUUGGAAAGUAAGCUCUAUGGGAUGGAACAUGAGGCUACCCAGCUAGAAAAGCAGCACGUGCACAGUGUGUAUGAAAAUACAGCUGCCUACUUCAGUGAUCUGCAGACCAAAGCAUGGCCUCGUGUUCGGAACUUUCUGCUGGAACAAAAGCCUGGCAGCCUCGUUGUUGAUAUAGGUUGUGGAACUGGAAAGUAUCUCAGUGUCAACAGUCAAGUGUAUAAUCUGGGCUGUGAUUACUGUGAAGGACUGGUAGAAAUUGCAAAGAAGAAAGGUGAUGAAGUUCUGGUGUGUGACAACCUUAACCUUCCCUUUAGGGAUCAGUGCUUCAAUGCAGUCAUUUCAAUUGGAGUGAUACAUCAUUUCUCAACUAAACAAAGGAGAAUCAAAGCAAUAAAGGAAAUGGCAAGGAUAUUGACACCUGGAGGCCAAAUAAUGAUUUAUGUUUGGGCUAUGGAACAAAAGAAUCGUCGCUUUGAGAAACAAGAUGUAUUUGUUCCAUGGAACAAGGCCUUGUGCUCACGCCAUUUUUCAGAAUCAAAUCAAUCUGGAGAUAAGGGUGAGUUUGUCCAUACUGCAAAAGGCCAAGACAUACAUCCUGCACAGCUUGUCAUCUCUGAGUGCAGCUACCAAAACAAUCUGCAGCCAGAAACUGAUUCUAAACAUCCCCGCAAUAUGGACCAUUGCUUACCCACAGCCUGCUGCAUGAAAAUUUCUGAGGAAGAAAACAGAUUUUACAGUGCUCUAGGAAGAUCUUUCCGCUCAUGGUUUUUCUCCAGAUCCCUUGAUGAAUCAGCCCUGAGAAAGCAAAAUGACAGAAUGAAGCACCUGAAACACGAAGGAGUGUGGGCCAACAGCGCCGUACCCAUUCAGCAUUCACGACACUGCAGUUUGGAUUUAGGUCACCAUGGGGCACUGUUAAACGAACAGGGUUUAGAUGAUGAUGAUGAUGUGUUUGUGGAAAGCCUGUCUCUCAAAAAACCACAGUGGUCGCCAGCCACAGAUGCACUGAAGGAUUUAAGUUUAAAUGGAGGACACCAAAGUGUAGCUCAGAGCAAGGGGGACAAAGCUUCAUUUAUAAACGGCCCAGUGGAAGACAGGGGCUGCAUCUGUGAUUGUAGUAAAGAUGGUGCUGGUAAGUCUGAUGCCAGCAAGUUUUUCAAAAGAACUUCAACAACUGACUCCACUGACUCAGCUUUGGAUUCAGCAGUGUCUGUUGGGGACCAAACUGAUGCCAUGUUAGAUACAAAGGCCUUCAUGCGUUAUUACCAUGUUUUUCGGGAAGGAGAGCUGAGUUCUCUGGUAGAAGAGAAUGUGCCUGAGCUUCAGAUACUUUCUUCCUGCUAUGAUCACGGAAACUGGUGCAUUAUUGCAGAGAGAAGAGGAACACAGCUCUAAAGAGAACAAAGCAGAAUCCAGUGACUGAGGAUUUUAAGCUCUUCCUUGUGUUACUGUGAUUGUGCAGUGUGACAUGGAAUUUGAAUCUCGUAGUUGUGUGCUCAUUCAUUUUUGAGUUAUUAUCUCUUAACUAUUUAACUAGCUAAUGCAAGGUCUGUAUAUAGGAAUGUAAGUGGUAGACAAUAUUUAUGUUUUGUUAAACUUUUAUGAAGUUAAAACUGUAGAGUUUUAUAUUGCUUUUAGCAAAUAAUUGUGUUUUAAAAUAUACUUUUCUAUUGAGAAAUAAACCUUUUUAUAAAACAAGGAUCAGGGCAUCUUUUAUUAGAAAUAUCCUCUCAGUAGAAAGUCUAGUCUUUGUUCUUCAGAUGCCAGAAGUUUGUCACAUUGCUCCCUGUUCUUGAACUCCUAUAAUGAGACAUAGACACUAUGUCUAAAAUUGUACUUGACUGUACACUGGUAGAGUGCAUGCUGCAGAACUGGGAGCAAGCAUGGUCCCAGUGCUCCUUAGCUGGGAGUGGAGUUAUUAAUGGGCAAAAAACUCUGUACCAAACUAGCUCUGCAUAUACUGUCAUUUGAUGUUUGUAUUUGGGAGCAAAUGACAGCACAGAUUGAGGACAGUAUUUUUUACUUUUGUUUAAAAAAUAAUUUUAUUUGUUUCUCAGGUGUAGGUGGAGUUUUAUGUGUUAGCUCUCACAAAUACUUUAUCUUCAUUUCCUUUGCUGUAGUUUUUCAUUGGCUAUGUGUAUGUGAAAAUCAGAGGGAUUUGUGAGAGUGUGAGUAUUAUGUAAAGUUCUAAAAUAUCAAAUCCUUGAAAUACAUAUAUCUUUUUGAUAAGCCUGGGAAGCGAAGAUUAAUAAAAAUGCAAUGCAUAUCUGGUCA